CAAGUUUUGAAACCGUUGAUGCAAACAGAAAGAACAGAAUAGCCAAGGGGAAGCGGAGACUAGAAGCGAGUGUUCCCACUGCACAUAGCGAUUCCACUCGUUCUCGUUCUCGUUCCUCACAUUCACAAUCACAAUCACAAUCACAAUCGCCAUGCCUAGGGUUUCAUCAUCGACUCCUUCUAUGGCUUCCACACUCAGAGCCUACGCGCUCCCUAUUCUUCUCUUCGCCGGAGCCAUGUUCUACCAGCUCUUCCUUAUUCCCAACGCCUUCCCUCCUUCCCAUUACGACGUUCUGCAAAUUGAGAGCUAUAGUUCGGUCGAUAAAGUCAAGGAGGCAUACGACGAGCUUGAAUCUAAAUGGAAUUCAGCUGUGGAAGUUCUUGAUAUUCAUGAGUUCUUAAAGAUUCGAUAUGCUUAUGAGUUGCUGACAAAUCCUUUAUGGAAAAGAGACUAUGACAUAUUUGGUAUUGAUGAACAACUUCAUGUUGUUGAGAGUGCCAGCAAGCGUUAUGCAGGAAAACGUGUUUCAGAAUUGGACUUCCCUUUACUACAGGCCCCUUCUGGAUCUAUAGAUCAUCCUUCUAAAGUCAUUACUGCUAGUGACUUCCAGUAUAUAUUUCCAGAUGCAAAGCCAUGGCUAAUUCAGUUGUAUUCAUCAGGGAGCGAACGUUGUGCUCAAUUUUCCGAGUCAUGGAAUAAGAUUGCUUCUUUGUUGGAUCCGGUUGCAAACAUUGGUAUGGUGGAGCUUGGUGAGAAGGAGCAUGCCAUAUUCCUUGCUGAUAGAAGAUCAACAGGCAAGCCAUUUUUUAGAAAUGGAAUUCCAUCUCUUGUUGCCAUUCCUGCUGGAUGUCGAGCUACUAAAUGUAUUAAUAGGUUUGUUGGUGAGCUUACUGUUGACAAGGUUACAAAUUGGUUUGCAACAACUGUAUUGGCUUUACCUCAAAUUAACUACUACUCAAAGGAAACACUGGUGCCAAAUUUUCUCGGUAAAACUAGCCAUCAUAAGGUAAAAGUAAUAUUUUUCUCAAAAUAUGGGGAGCGUGCUGCUCCAUUUGUACGACAAGCAGCUAAAGACUAUUGGGCUUAUGCUUCAUUUGCAUUCAUUCUCUGGCGGGAAGAGGAAUCUUCCUAUUGGUGGGGAGCAUUUGGGGUGGAAUCUGCACCUGCUAUUGUAUUUCUUAAAGACCCAGGUGUCAAACCUGUUGUUCACCAUGGUUCAGUUAACAAUUCAUUUUUUUUUAACAUGAUGGAAAAUAAUAAACAGCAAGAGCUUCUGCAACUAAGGAGUGUGACAUCAAUGGAGCUAGGCUGUGAUCCUCAAGGCUAUUCUCGUGCUGGUUAUGAUACAGUUAUAUGGUAUUGUGCUGUCGCAGUAGGAAGGCCAAGUCUGGAGUUGAACAAAAUGCGUGAAACUAUGUGCAGGGUCCAAGAAACAUUGUCUAAGCAUAGCCAGGAGGAUACAUUGUCUGAAAAUCAAUCCUUUGCUCCAGCUGUGGAUGCAUUUAAGAGAAGCCGGUUGACAUUUGCUUGGCUUGAUGGUGAAAAACAGAAGGAUUACUGCCAAUUUUACCUUGGUCAUGCGGCUAGCGAUCACACUUGUGGGCAACGACGGGAUAUGACUGAUAUUCCUCGGCUAUUUGUUAUUCGUUUCCUGAGGAAUAGUAGUGCUGUUGAUUUGAGAACACAAGAAAAGACAACGUGGAAAUCAUUACUCGUCCAAGAUCUAAUGAAUGAUUCUGAUCUGGCAGGCCAGUUUGUAGCUGGGUACAAGGGAGAAAAUGAUGUUUCACAGAUAAUCCACUGGCUUGCAAAUAUUAUAGCGGAUGGUGACUCCAGAGACUUGCCAUUCUUUACACUACGAACUCCUAAGCUUGUUCCGGAUGACACAGAACCUAUUUGGUCCAAAACUGCACAGAGUUUUCCUUUGAAAAAUCUGAAGCAAAGUAUUCUGAGUGGUCUUAGUGGACUCUCUGUGCACCUUGAGGAUCCAAGAGUUGGCCCCUUUUUGCUUCUAGGUGCAUUAAUUUCUUUGGGUACCAUCUGGCUGCGAAGGAACCAACAAGUUCAGCCAUUCAAACCAAGUCAACCUAGUUCCAAUCAGCCAUCUGAAUCAAACCAACCUAGUUCCAAGACAUCAUCCCAGGAUGAAAGAAAACAGAAACCAAGAGACCGGCUCCGGAGUCGGCCAAAUAAAAAAGCACCCCCUUCUAUGACAGAUUUGGAGCCAUCGGAUGCUUACCAGAUGCCACUAUCAGAUUCUGAAUCUGAGUAGUUUCUGUUUGGUUUCUCCACGAGGGAAAGGAGCUUUUCCAGACAUAAAGUUACAUGUUCUGAAGGUGAAACUCUUGAAUUGAAUUCAUGGUUUGGAGCCAGAUAAUACAAGAUUGCCACCAUGUCAACAAGACAACAAAAGAUCAGCAUGCGUAUAUCCCUUCUGUCAGAUUCCGAGAAUGAAAAAAUGAAAUGUGUCUAUAUUAUAUUGCGAAUUUGACUGUUCCAUACGUAAAUUUGUUUAGUAUUUGGAUUUGGAUAUUUAUUCAUGUCUGUCAAUUCAUAUAGCCUAGCCAGAUGCUUUAACCAAAAUUGAGAGUUUAAAUUAAGUAACCUGUGAAAAGUUUAUCGUAA